AUGAAGAGUCGACAAUGCAACCCAACGUCUCUUAGUAGAAUACCGCAAGUCAUAGUGAUCGAGGACGGCGUAACUAACGAGAAGUGCGUCCAAACACUGUCAAAAGAUGUUGUCAAAGUCGGAAAUGGAUGCGCAUGCGAAAAUUCAAACGAAUCCACAUCCACGUCAUCAAUCAGUGCACGUGCUGUUCCAGAGCAGAUGUCUCCGACGACGUCAGAAACAAAAAAAAUGACAACGACAUGGCGGGAACGUCUGCUGUGUUGGCGAUGGCGGACUUCCUUUAUCGUCUGCUUUGGAUUCAUCAAUACACUGAUCAUGCGCAAUGCGUUCAAUAUUGCCUUGGUGUGCAUGACUGGUGCCGACCCAAGAACAGACACAUCUUUAAACAUCUCCGGGAAUGUUACUGAACAUCAUGGCGAAUUUGAUUGGGAUGCCAAUACGCAAGGAAUCAUUCUGUCCGCCGUCAUGUAUCUGGCAUUUGCCGCGCCCGCCGUCAGUGGAUUUCUGGCGCGAAGAUUUGGCGCCAAACGUGUGAUCGCCAUAGGAAUGGGAAUAUCCACGGUCUGCCAUAUGUUGACGCCAGUGGGUGCUAGAAUCCACGUGUAUGCUUUGAUAGGACUGCGAGUAGUGUUAGGAUGUUUCUCCGGACAGAUAUUUGUGGCCACCACAGAGAUGUGGCAGCACUGGGCCCCUACUUUUGAAAAAGUUCAGCUUGUCGCAAUUGGCAUGUCAGGUGUCAAUCUUGGAAGUUUUCUAGCAACGUAUCUUGGUUUUAUGUGUACAAUUCCUUACGAUAAUGGGUGGCCGUUUCUUUUCUAUGUUUCUGGUAUGAUCAGCGUUGUUUGGUGGAUUUUGUGGAUUACUCUGAUGUACGACGAGCCAGCCCAGAAUCCGUGGAUUUCACAGAACGAGAUUGACUUCAUAAAGAGACAUAUUUCACACCCGGCAAACACGACUCGGAAAAUUCCUUGGAGAUGCCUAUUUACGUCACUUCCGCUGUGGGCAUACGUCAUCGUACAGACGUGUCACAUGUGGGCAUCCAAUGUGUUCUUCCUCUUCUUGCCCAAGUACAUGAGAGAUGUCCUUAGGUUCCCAAUUAAACAGAACGCCUGGUUGUCGUCUUUGCCCUACGCGUCUCGGUUCGUUGGUGUCAUUUUCUGGACGUUUCUCUCGGACAUUAUUCGAAGACGUACCAGUCUAGGCGUAACGGGAAACAGGAAACUCGUGCAGUGCCUAGGUUUCCUGUCAUGCGCAGUUAUCACCAUUUGCAUUGGUUUUGCAAAUCGAGACUACCGAGAACUUUCUGUUUUCCUGUUCAUGGCGGCCAUGUUUUGUCAAUCGGCGUCCUUCGCUUCGUCGUUAAUUACGCCCAUGGACAUUGCUCCCAGUUACGCCAGUAUCAUCGUCGGCGGUUUCAACGGCGUGGGUGUCGUUGCGACAAUAACGGCGCCGAUUGGCGUGGCAUACCUAACUCCAAAUGGUACGAUUGAAGAAUGGCGCAGUGUCUUCUACAUCAUCGCCGCAGUCUACGUGUUUGGGGUCUCUGUGUUCCUCAUGUUCGGCAGCGGCGAGCUUCAGCCGUGGGGGGCGGGUAUCCCAGAAGACGCCAACACAGACGCGGACACGCCAAACGUAUCUACGUCAGACUCCACCAUUGUAGUCGAUAGGUUUCAAGACAUGCAAAAUAAUCAAGUUCCUGAACGAAGCAUUCAGAACUUUGACUUAAAUUCAGAAGACGGAAGUAGCAAAAUGGGUAAUGAAACUUGUUGUAUAGGAACCAGUAAUACGAGUUUGAAUGGAAGAAUAAGCAUGGUCGACAACGAGGGAAAUGGAUCAUGUAUUCCUACGUUGGCGGGAGAAACUGGUGGACAGUUAAAUCUACCCGACUCGGCUACCGGGAAUACCAAUAUGGGUUUUGAUAGUGAUGAUUCGACAGAACUAAAUCUGACUGAUAUUAAACGAGCAAUCGGUAAUGUCGAAUGUUUGAGUAUCGAAUAUACAACCAGACUGUGACGGUUGAUAUUUUACACAUACAUUUAAUCUGCAAUUUUAUUUACGGAAACCACUUCCAGUACUUUAUAGAAAAUAUGUGUCAAAAUUUAGAAUGUCAUCUCAUAUGUUAGCAAUUGAAACUGACAGAUAUAGUCAUACUUCAGCGACAUGAUAGAUUAUGUUUUCACUGUUUAAAUGUUAUGGAAGAUGAGUUUCAUUUUAUUUUAAAAUGCCUCUUAUAUACUGAUUUGAGAAAAAAAUACAUUAAACCUUAUUACUGGGAAAAAAGCCAUAAUUUUUUAAGCUACUGCAAUUAUAUAAUGUACAAAAUUCUAAAACUUUAUGUAAUUUUGGAAAAUAUUUAUAUAAAGAAGUUAAAUUAAGAAAAGAAGUUUUUUAAAGCAUUUUCCGUAUGUGUGUAGUUUAUUUGUUUCAUGCGACGUGUAUGUUUUCUUGUUUAUUGAUUUGUUCUCCUGUGGUCAUGUAUUUUUGUUUAUAUAUGAACAGAUGAGCUGUAAAGCUUAAUGUGAUUAAAGAACUUGAUGUAUUAUACAAAUCAGUUCAGUGUGUGACAACUGCUAACUGAUAAUCACAGCUAGUUGAUAUAUGUUGUAUGAACCAGUUCAUUGUGUGACAACUCCUAACUGAUAAUCACAGCUAGUUGAUAUAUGUUGUAUGAACCAGUUCAUUGUGUGACAACUCCUAACUGAUAAUCACAGCUAGUUGAUCUAUGUUGUAUGAACCAGUUCUUUGUGUGACAACUACUAAUUGAUAAUCACAGCUAGUUGAUAUAUGUUGUACGAACCAGUUCCUUGUGUGACAACUACUAAUUGAUAAUCACAGCUAGUUCAUAUGUGUUGUACGAACCAGUUCCUUGUGUGACAACUGCUAACUGAUAAUCACAGCUAGUUGAUAUAUGUUGUUUGAACCAGUUCAUUAUAUGACAACUGUUAACUGAUAAUCACAGCUAGUUGAUAUAUGUUGUUUGAACCAGUUGAUUGUAUGACAACUGCUAACUGAUAAUCACAGCUAGUUGAUAUAUGUUGUAUGAACCAGUUCAUUGUAUGACAACUGUUAACUGAUAAUGACAGAUAGUUGAUUUACGUUGUAUGAACCAGUUGAUUGUGUGACAACUGCUAACUGAUAAUCACAGCUAGUUGAUAUAUGUUGUAUGAACCAGUUCAUUGUAUGACAACUGUUAACUGAUAAUCACAGAUAGCUGAUUCACGUUGUAUGAACCAGUUGAUUGUGUGACAACUGCUAACUGAUAAUCACAGCUAGUUGAUAUAUGUUGUAUGAACGAGUUCAUUGUAUGACAACUGUUAACUGAUAAUCACAGCUAGUUGAUAUAUGUUGUAUGAACGAGUUGAUUGUAUGACAACUGCUAACUGAUAAUCACAGCUAGUUGACAUAUGUUGUAUGAACGAGUUCAUUACGUGACAUACACAAGUGCUAAUGAUAAUUAAAAUUACAAAACGCGACUACUGAUGUGAUGUACGCAUCUGAGUUAGAACUACGUACUGUUAUAUAGAACCAACGUUUGUGAUAGACAUACAGGGUGACAUACUCAACCAGUGUUUGGCAUUGUGAUCUACUCAACAUGAUGUUUACUGCAUUCACACCCAUAUGUUUACAAUUUGAUCUUUAACAGCCAAGUUUAACAACGUGAUGUUUAAAUGGUGGAGGAAAUCUAGUUAUAAUGGAGGGGAAUACACAUUGAAGUUUAAAAGUGGAAUACACAACAAGAUUAACUAUAACGGUAUAUACUGUCAAGUGAUAACAGUGAACUAGUGUAAUCAAGUUUUAACAGUACAAUAUACGCAACCAAAUUGUAAUAGACAGUGCGUGUAAAAUACACAACCACGUUUUAAUAGUGUGAUAUUGUUUUAAUAGUGUGAUAUUGUUUUAAUAGAUUGAUAUCGUUUUAAUAGUGUGAUAUCGUUUUAAUAGUGUGAUAUAUGCAAAAACGUUUUAGUGAAGUAUACAACUACGUUUUAGCAGUAUAAAGACACACCCAAGCAUAUACAACCACGCUUUAACAGUAUGAAGAUACACCCAAGCAUAUACAACCACGUUUUAUUAGUGUGAUAUAAUGCAACACAACCAAUUUUUAACAGUAUCAUAACAGCCAUAGUUUAACAGUGUGGUAUACCUGAUAUGUUUUAUGUUUUAUCGGACGACAUAGUCAACCAAGAGUUAAUAUACACAACCAUUCUUUGAUACUCUAGUAUACAUAGCCACUUUUUACAAUAUACUUAGCUUCUCUCUCUCUCUCUCUCUCUCUCUCUCUCUCUCUCUCUCUCUCUCUCUCUCUCUCUCUCUCUCUCUCUCUCUCUCUCUCUC